CCAUCGCACGACGGUUAAUUUCAUAAGGCACAACUUUGUCAGCGCCGGUGCUAAUCACUGCGCACGGUUUAUCCCCGAUUCCUCUGCGCGCCUUUCUUAAUUUCGCCGGUUUACGAAUGCGUUUUGUUGACGCACAUCCCCCCCCCUCAAAAAUAAAAACCCCGCAGCCUCGGUCGGACGCCGCGUUCCCCGGGUAACCGUCCCGUCCGGCGCCCAAAACACCCGCUCCUCAUUCUCCCGUCUUUUUAUUUUAUAAAAGAUAAAAAACCGCGGAGCUUGCGUGCCUAUAUUGAAACCGGGAUGCGUUCACUGACCGGUUCAAGCCAGAUUUAUUAUGGCUAGCUUAAUUGGCUUACAGUGGCAGCCGAGCGGCGGUUAGCAAGCGGGCAUCACCGUCCUCCGGGGCCGCCUCCCACUUACUGCCGGGGACCAAUUGGAAGGAUGUUCAUCCCGAUUGAUAAAGACGCGUUUGGCGCAUAUUGGAUCAUAUUGAUUUCAUAUUGAUUAAUGCAGCAGCCGCGUGAACGCAACGCUCGGUUCGGGACCGAGACUGACGGCCUGACGCUGCAGGACUGUUCUCCUGAUCCAUAGGAAGCAACGACACCGGAUUUCAUCACAGCUCCAUCCUCCCAACAAAGGAAUCCCUUUGACUUGAGAGCGGCUCCCUCACGUCUUUGUGUGUGUGUGUGUGUGCACCCCCUACGUUUUUAAACGGGGUCGAACAGAGGCCUGCUGCCCGUUUUCCUUUCACAUGCCUGCUGGCAGCCGCCAUCUUUGCUUCAAUGGAGCGUCACAGCUGCAGAGGAAGGAUUUGUAGAGGCCGCCGGUACCUCAGCACCUCCUGGGAGAUAGCCUAGCUCGGCUCAGCUCGGCCCCAGCAGCUAUUCCGUGACCCCUUCCCCCUCCCACACACCACCCCUCCCCUCUUCUCCUUUUCACACCCCCCCCCCCCCCCCCUUGCAAGUGACUGUGCCAUGGCAUCAGUGCGCUUCACGGUGACGCCCACCAAGGCGGAGGACCUCCCCGGGCUGUCCGACGCGUCGCCCGACAUCAGCUCCCGCUCCGGCGCCCGCGUGCGCUUCGGCUCCAGGGAGAGCGUCAACCGGAGCGAGCCGCCCAGCGAGGCCUCGGGGGGCCCGGCGCCCACGGCGGGCGGGGCCGAGACGCCGGACCACAGCAGCGUGGAGCAAGGCGAUGGGAAUUCAAAGAUCUCCAGCGUGUACAUCAACAACACCCACGGCGGGGAUGACGACGACUUCUACGACAAGAACCUGGCCUUAUUUGAGGAGGAGAUGGACACUCGGCCGAAAGUGUCGUCUCUGCUCAACCGCCUGGCCAACUACACCAACCUGACGCAGGGGGCCCGGGAGCACGAGGAGGCCGAGAGCAUCGGCGAGAAGAAGAAGGCCGGCAAGUCGCCCCAGAUGGGGACCUUCAUGGGCGUCUACCUGCCCUGCCUCCAGAACAUCUUCGGCGUCAUCCUCUUCCUGCGGCUCACCUGGGUGGUGGGAAACGCCGGCGUGCUGCAGGGCCUCUGCAUUGUCUUCAUAUGCUGCUGCUGCACACUGUUGACGGCGAUAUCGAUGAGUGCGAUCGCCACUAACGGAGUCGUUCCAGCGGGAGGCGCCUACUUUAUGAUCAGUCGCUCUCUGGGUCCAGAGUUUGGGGGGGCGGUGGGCCUUUGCUUCUACCUGGGCACCACCUUCGCUGGAGCCAUGUACAUCCUGGGAGCCAUUGAGAUCCUGCUGAUGUACAUCGCACCCAAGGCGGCCAUCUUUGAGUCCAAGCACCCCGACGGCGAAGGGGCGGCCAUGCUGAACAACAUGCGCGUGUACGGCUCCGUGUGCCUCCUCCUGAUGUCCCUGCUGGUGUUUGUGGGCGUGAAGUACGUCAACAAACUGGCCUCCAUCUUCCUGGCCUGCGUCAUCGUCUCCAUCGUCGCCAUCUACGUCGGCGCGCUGGUCUCCGCCUUCAAACCACCCACUUUCCCCGUGUGCAUGCUGGGGAACCGGACCAUCAGCGGACACCAACUGGAUGACGGCCAAUGUUCGAAAACCCUCCUGCUGCAGAUGGGCGCGGCGCCGGAGGAGGAAGCAGGCGGCAACGUCACGGCGGUGAACGAAAACGGCACCAUGACCCCGACCUUUGACCCCAGCCUGGCCCCCCCUCUGCUGGAGAAGACCACGUAUAUUUGGAAGCAGUUUUGCGAGGGGCCCGAAGUCAACGCCACCUGCGACGAGUACUUCCUCUCAAACAACUUUUCCCAGAUCGAGGCGAUCCCCGGCCUGGCCAGCGGGAUCAUCUCAGAGAACCUGUGGAGCUCUUACCAGAGCCGAGGGGACGUGGUGGAGAAAAGCUCCCUGAGCUCCUCCCGCCAGGCGCAGCCGGCCUCCACCCAGCAGCCGUACGUGUUCGCAGACAUCUCCACCUCCUUCACGCUGCUGGUGGGCAUCUUCUUCCCCUCGGUCACAGGAAUCAUGGCUGGUUCCAACCGGUCGGGGGACCUGAAGGACGCCCAGCGCUCCAUCCCCAUCGGGACCAUCCUCGCCAUCCUCACCACCUCCAUCGUCUACCUGACCAGCGUGGUCCUGUUCGGCUCCUGCAUCGAGAGGGUGGUCCUCAGAGACAAGUUUGGGGACUCGGUCAACGGGCAGCUGGUGGUGGGGACUCUGGCCUGGCCGAGCCCCUGGGUCAUCGUCAUCGGCUCUUUCUUCUCCACGUGCGGCGCCGGCCUCCAGUCGCUGACCGGCGCUCCCCGACUCCUGCAGGCCAUCGCCAAGGACAACAUCAUCCCCUUCCUUCGGGUGUUUGGCCAUGGGAAGGCGAACGGGGAGCCCACCUGGGCCCUGCUGCUGACGGCCCUGAUAGCCGAGCUGGGGAUCCUCAUUGCCUCCCUGGACCUAGUGGCUCCCAUCCUUACAAUGUUCUUCCUGAUGUGUUACCUGUUUGUGAACCUGGCCUGUGGCCUCCAGACCCUCUUGAGGUCUCCCAACUGGAGGCCGCGCUUUUCCUAUUACCACUGGACCUUGUCAUUUUUGGGGAUGACUAUCUGCCUGGCGCUCAUGUUCAUUUCCUCGUGGUACUACGCAAUCGCAGCCAUGGUGAUUGCCGGCAUGAUCUACAAGUACAUUGAGUACCAUGGAGCGGAGAAGGAGUGGGGGGAUGGGAUCCGCGGCCUCUCGCUCAGUGCCGCCCGCUAUGCUCUCCUGAGGUUGGAGGAGGGGCCGCUGCACACCAAGAACUGGAGACCCCAGGUGUUGGUCCUGCUGAAACUGGACGAGGACGCACACGUCAAGUCUCCUCGCCUGCUGACCUUCGCCAGCCAGCUGAAGGCGGGAAAAGGUCUCACCAUCGUCGGCACGGUCGUCUCCGGCAACUUCCUGCAGAGCUACGGGGAAGCCCUCGCCGCCGAGCAGACCUUGAAGCACCUGAUGGAUAAGGAGCGCGUGAAGGGCUUCUGCCAGUGCAUCGUGGCCCAGAAGCCGCGGGAGGGCAUCAGUCACAUGAUCCAGUCCAGCGGUCUGGGGGGCAUGAAGCCCAACACGGUGGUGAUGGGCUGGCCUCACGCCUGGAGGCAGAGCGAGGACCCGCAGGCCUGGAAGACCUUCAUCAACACGGUGCGCGUGACGACGGCUGCCCACUUGGCCCUGCUGGUGCCCAAAAACAUCUCGCUGUUCCCCAGCAACAGCGAGCCCUGCGCCGAGGGCUACAUCGACGUGUGGUGGAUCGUGCACGACGGGGGGAUGCUCAUGCUGCUGCCCUUCCUGCUGCGCCAGCACAAGGUGUGGCGGAAGUGUGGGAUGCGAAUCUUCACAGUGGCCCAGAUGGAGGAUAACUCCAUCCAGAUGAAGAAGGACCUGGCAACCUUCCUCUACCACCUACGCAUUGAAGCUGAGGUGGAAGUGGUUGAGAUGCACGACAGUGACAUCAGCGCAUACACCUACGAAAGGACCCUGAUGAUGGAGCAGAGGUCUCAGAUGCUGCGGCAGAUGCGACUGUCUAAAUCGGACCGGGAGAAAGAGGAAACCCCCGGUAGCAGCAGCAGUAGGACAGAGGCAGGUGGCGCUACGAGGUCUCAGGCCCAGCUGGUGAAGGACCGCAACUCCAUGCUGCGGCUGACGAGCAUCGGGUCGGACGACGAAGACGACACCGACGGCGGCGAGCGGGACCGGCCGACCAGUGCGGCCGGCGGCGCCAGCGAGAGCGCCGAGCACCACCGGCGCGUCCAGAUGACGUGGACCAAAGAGAAGUCGUCCCAGUACCGGGCCAUGCACUCGGGCUGCUCCACGCCGGAGGGCUUCAGGGACAUGCUCAGCAUGCGGCCGGACCACUCCAACGUCAGGCGGAUGCACACCGCCGUCAAGCUCAACGAGGUCAUCGUCAACAAGUCCCACGAAGCCCGGCUCGUCCUGCUCAACAUGCCCGGACCCCCCCGCAACACGGAGGGCGACGAGAACUACAUGGAGUUCCUGGAGGUCCUGACCGAGGGGUUGGAGCGCGUCCUGCUGGUGAGGGGGGGAGGAAGCGAAGUCAUCACCAUCUACUCCUGAUUGGACGAAGCCGAGGACGGCGGGGGGGGGAGGUGGUGGUUGCGGGGGCGGGGCACAGGGUUCAUAGCUCGACACCUCCUUUACUUUUUUUUCACCUUUUUACUCCUUUCUGUCAUGACGAGGUUCCCGUUCCACUUACAUCGAGCUACAGAAAUGCCAACAACUAUUUCACCAACGAGCAAAUUAAAGCGUGCGUGCGUGUGUGUGUGCGUGUGUGUGUGUGAGAAAGGAGGCGUGGCUGGUUGUAGAAGGGCCGGUGCUUGCGUUGGGGGCCGUGGAGGCGAUGGCGUGUUAGAUGGCGAGACUCAGGGCUGCUUUUUGUACGGACGCGGUGAAAAGAGGACGUAGCUUGUGCUCCUGCGUCAUUCGCUGUAGUUUUGGUUUCGUGUUUGUUUGUUUUUUCCCUCCUUGAAGACACCUUGAAAGUUAUUGCAAUAUUUCUUCAAAAGGGGGAAAGUAAGACGGUAUCAAAGCAAGCAGCCCUUAGUUUUAAAACUGCUUUCUGGCUCAUUUAAAGAAAAUCGGUUCAUCUCUAUACUGUUAUGUAUUUAAUUAUAUCAAACUUCUUUUUUCAAAUUUGUUCAAGUUCCGACCCAACUGGUGUUUAAAUGUUCAUGUUGGUCGACACUUGCUGCUUUUUGUCAGAAUCUGACAUCUUGUACGAAGGUCCAUUUCCGCUUGGAAAAGAAAACAUUUUGAAUUCAAUGUUGGUAGAAAACAAAUGCAUUUAAAAAAAACCCCUUUUAUUUAUUUUAAAUUUGGCUAGAAUAGAUGUUGAUUUGCUUGAGUCAACAAUAUGACGUAUUAGAUUUGGUUUUAUAAAAUAAUGGUUCAAUGGUCAAAAUACUUGAAUCCAAAUAAUCCUUUUUCACCCAUUUUUAUUUUUGCCCUGAGUAUUUGUUGUUCCCAUCUUUCUUGAUUUUAAAUGGUCCUCUACAAAUCGGCUACUGCGUAAGCUUCUAAAAGCAAACACCUUUCAGUCAAACACCUUUCAGUCAAACACCAGCCUGCGAUCAGUCACGAGAGCUGGAUCAGCGACGUCAUGAAGGCACUGAAGAUCCUCUGCAGCGGCGCCGUCGACCCACCGGACCAUCGGGGAGACGAACACAGCUGUGCAUGCUGUCACAAACGUCCCUGUCACUCGGAGACGAGUGAGUGUGUUCAUUUGACACUUCUGAUGAGAAUGGGGGCUGAUUUGUGUGCUGCCAGUUUUUUGCCCCGAAACUCUCAAACUCACCGCUGACCUAAACAAAACCUGCUGGUGUGUGUGUGUCUGAAAGUGUGCGUCCGUGUGCACAUGAGCUUGUUACUUAAGUAAGGAGCUGUAAACUAGAAGUGUUGCUUUUGUUUUUUCUUUUUUACAGUGUUAUUGUGCAGGGAUUAUUUUAUGUUAGUUAUAGUUUUUGCUAAACUUUUUAUUUUUCUUGCUUGUACAUAAAGUCCCACGUUUUAUCUUUUUUUAAUUACAUUAAUAUAAAAAAGGAAUCCUAAAAAACUUUGCUUGAAAAAUCUGAAGAAAUAAAAACAAUUUUGAG